AGCUGAAGGCAGAAAUGCUAUAUAAAGGAGAGAAGAGCUGUGUAAUGUCUCUUGUGCCACGUGAGAGUCAGUCUGCUGUCACACUGUGCCCUCACAUUCACCUCCUAGUAUGAUAACCCUACAUAAACGGCCCGCAGCAAUGUCAGCUCGGGCACAGGAUCAUCAGGCCCUGCAAGAACGUAUCCUGGUGAGAGGAGCCCUGGGAACUAUGAUACAGCGUUACAAAUUUUCAGAGAAUGGGCUAUCGUGGGAAGAAUUUAAAGAUCAUGAGAGUAACCUUAAAGGCAACAAUGAUUUACUUUCUCUCACAAAACCACAAAUUAUCCUUGAAAUACAUAAAGCAUACCUGGAGGCUGGUGCAGAUCUUGUUGAGACCAACACCUUUAGUGGAACCUGUGUAGCUCAGGCUGACUAUCAUUUGGAACACAUCUGCUACAGACUCAAUCUCGAAUCUGCACGACUUGCAAGACGAGCGGCUGAUGAAGUGACAGUUGCCACAGGGAAGCAGCGGUAUGUUGCUGGUUCCAUGGGUCCCACCAACCGAACACUUUCAAUAUCACCUUCUGUAGAACGACCUGAUUACAGAAAUAUUACAUUUGAUGAAUUAGUUGCGGCAUACAGUGAGCAAGCAAAAGGACUGUUAGAUGGAGGAGUUGAUGUACUCUUAGUGGAAACCAUAUUUGAUACAGCUAAUGCAAAAGCAGCACUCUUUGCCAUCCAGACACUGUUUGAAAAUGAGUAUGAUCCUGUACCUAUAUUUGUGUCUGGAACCAUUGUAGACAAGUCAGGUCGCACACUCUCUGGACAGACUGGAGAAGCUUUCAUCAUUAGUGUUUCUCAUUCACAACCCAUGUGCAUUGGUUUGAACUGUGCACUUGGAGCGAGAGAUAUGAGACCCUUUAUUGAAAAUAUCAGCCAGAAUACAACAUCUUUUGUGAUAUGCUAUCCCAAUGCAGGCCUUCCCAACACUUUUGGAGAUUACGAUGAGACUCCAGAGACGACAGCUGACCAUAUUAAAGAAUUUGCCAAAGAUGGAUUAGUGAAUGUAGUGGGAGGCUGCUGUGGAACUACCCCGGAUCACAUUAGGGCUAUAAAACAAGCUGUUGCAAAUGUUAAACCUCGUUCUCCUCCGUUAGUUUUGUAUGAAGGUGCACAGGUUCUUUGUGGCCUUGAACCAAUGAGAAUCACAAAUCAAACCAACUUUGUUAAUAUCGGUGAGAGGUGCAAUGUUGCUGGCUCCCGUCUGUUUUGCCGAUUGAUCAAGACUGGGAAGUAUGAAGAGGCCUUGGACAUUGCUAAAACUCAAGUUGAAAAUGGUGCUCAGAUCCUUGAUGUAAAUAUGGAUGAAGGUUUACUUGAUGGCAAAGCAGCAAUGACACGCUUCCUCAACCUAAUAACAACAGAGCCAGAUAUAUGUAAAGUACCUAUAUGCAUUGAUUCAUCCAACUUUGAUGUGAUUGAGGCUGGUCUUAAGGUGACACAGGGUAAAAGCAUUGUCAACUCCAUUUCACUGAAGGAGGGAGAAGAAGAGUUCGUCCGAAAAGCCAAAUUAAUAAAAAAAUACGGGUCUGCAGUAGUUAUCAUGGCUUUUGAUGAAAUUGGGCAGGCUGUGGAUGUGGAGAAUAAAGUUAAGAUUUGUCAGCGAUCAUACAAGAUCCUAACUGAAAUAAUUGGAUUCAAUCCUAGUGAUAUUAUCUUUGACCCCAACAUCUUAACAAUUGCUACUGGAAUAGAAGAACAUAACAACUAUGGAAUUUACUUUAUUGAAGCAACAAAAAUUAUCAAGGCUAGUUGUCCUGGGGUACGAGUAAGUGGUGGUGUAAGCAACUUAUCCUUUUCUUUCCGUGGAAAAGAAGAAAUUCGUGAAGCAAUGCAUUCAGUCUUCCUCUAUCAUGCUAUCAAAGCUGGCAUGGACAUGGGUAUUGUCAAUGCAGGAUGCCUUCCUGUGUUUGAUGACAUAGACCAUGAACUUUUGCUUCUUUGUGAAUCUCUUUUAUGGAGUACUGAUCCAGAGGGCACUGAAAAAUUGUUAGCAUAUGCUGAAAAAACUUCUUCUCAAGUAAAAAUUGGUGAUAUUGAAGAUGAAUGGCGAAGUAAGGAUGUGGAAGAGAGACUGAAACAUUCUUUAGUGAAAGGUAUUGAUAAAUACAUAGAGGAAGAUGCUGAAGAAGCUCGUUCAAACAAAGAAAGAUAUCCAAGAGCAUUAAAUGUCAUUGAAGGACCACUUAUGAAUGGAAUGAGUGUCGUAGGAGAAUUAUUUGGUGCUGGAAAAAUGUUUUUGCCACAAGUAAUUAAGAGUGCACGUGUGAUGAAAAAGGCUGUAGCAUAUCUCAUUCCUCUCAUGGAAAUAGAACGUGCUGCAACUGUUAGUGAAUUUGGGGAAGUGAUGUCAGACACUGAUAGAUAUAAUGGUACAAUUAUUUUAGCCACAGUUAAAGGUGAUGUUCAUGAUAUUGGCAAAAACAUUGUGGGAGUAGUCCUUGGAUGUAACAACUACAGAGUCGUUGAUCUAGGUGUUAUGUGCCCUUGUGACAAAAUAUUGCAGUAUGCCAUUGCAGAGAAAGCUGAUAUCAUUGGUCUCUCUGGACUAAUCACUCCAUCACUGGACGAGAUGAUCUUUGUUGCACGUGAAAUGGAAAGAUUAGGUCUACAGAUUCCAUUACUUAUUGGUGGAGCCACAACAUCCAGAACUCACACAGCAGUGAAGAUUGCCCCCAAAUAUUCAAAUCCUGUGGUGCAUGUGCUUGAUGCUUCCAAGAGUGUGGUUGUGUGUUCAUCGCUGCUUGAUGCUUCUCUCUAUGAUGACUUCAUCGAUGAUUUAACCGAAGAUUAUGAUAUGAUCAGAGAAGAACACUAUGAAAACCUUCGUGAGAAAACUUAUGUUAGUCUUGCAGAAGCCCGUCAAAGGAAAUUUAAAAUUGAUUGGGAAACUAUUCCAAAACCUGCUGUUCCAAAGUUUUUGGGCACAAAAGUGCUCCAAAACUAUGAUCUGACAACAUUAAUACCCUACAUUGACUGGAAGCCGUUCUUUGAUGUAUGGCAGCUUCGCGGCAAGUACCCUAACCGUGGCUACCCAAAGAUUUUCAAGGAUGCUACUGUAGGUGAAGAAGCAAAACGUGUUUUUGAGGAUGCACAAAAGCUUUUGUCAAGAAUCAUCUCAGAUGGAUCACUGAGAGCUCGAGGUGUUGUUGGCUUGUACCCCGCUAACAGUGUGGAGGAUGACAUAGAGUUGUACAGUGAUGAGUCAAGAUCACAAGUUAUUGCCACAUUGUUUGGCUUAAGACAGCAGGCAGUGAAGGAGAGUCAUGAUCCAUUCUGCUGCAUGUCAGACUUCAUUGCUCCUAAAGAGUCUGGCAUUAAGGAUUACAUUGGCAUGUUCGCUGUAACGGCAGGUUUUGGGGUAGAUGAAUUGUGUGCCAAUUUUCAGAAAGACUUAGAUGAUUACAGUAUAAUUUUGGUGAAAGCUAUUGGCGACAGAUUAGCAGAAGCCUUUGCUGAAGAACUCCAUGAGAGAGUGAGGAAGGAAUUGUGGGGCUAUGCCAGUGAGGAGUACCUGCAAGCUAAUGACUUGCACAGACUCAGAUAUCAGGGGAUUCGGCCUGCUCCUGGAUAUCCAACUCAACCAGACCACCAGGAAAAAUUAACCAUGUGGGACAUUAUGAAAGUAGAGGAACAAACAGGAAUUACUCUGACAGAAGCACUUGCGAUGAUCCCUGCAGCUUCAGUUUCAGGACUCUAUUUUGCAAAUCCUAAGAGCCAUUACUUCUCUGUAGGAAAAAUAGAGAAGGAUCAGAUUAUGAACUACGCUCAAAGACGAGGUGCUGACAUCAUGCAGGUUGAAAGGUGGUUGGCCACAAACCUGUCCUAUGAUCCAUCAGAAGAGUGAAUUGCAGGUGAUGGUUGUUCACACAUCUUAGUCAAUCAGAAGAGUUGGUGAUAAAAAUGAUUGACUUUCAAACCUGUCCUAUGAUUAUCAGAAGAGCUGAGGUGGCAGGGCAGAAAUAAUUUUUGAUGUGUAUUGUGUUUGAAUAUUGUUAACAAUACAAGAGAUACAGAGCUUUGAGCUGAACUGGAAAAGCUUGUAAUUUAAAAAAAAUAUAUUUUUUUAAAUGUUAACCUACAGUUACUGUGUAUAGAAAUUGUAAUUUAAAAUUGUAUUUUUUUUUUUUCAUAAUUUGAAGCUCUACCUGAAAUCCAUUAUUUAUUUUGAAAUAAAUAUUAAGGUUUUUGCC